UGAAUUUACUCAUGUCUGAUUAAUUCGACUAGUUACAAGAAAACAUUGUUCAAAAUGAUGUACCUGAAAAUAAGGACCAAGAGCUAUUUGAUUAAAUGGCCUCCAGAGAAUACAAAGAUAAAAAACAAAAUUUCUAAAUUGAGGAAGACGAUGGCGAAAUUUAAGAUCAACCAGUUAGUGCUAUAUCGGAAGUUGUGAAGCCAGAAGAGAAAUAAAAGAACGUAUCUUAGAUUACAACCAAAAAUAGUCCUUUUCGAUUAAGAAAGCUGAAACAAAGAGAAUAGUACAUUAGGCAGCAUUAGAAAGAAAGACAGAAGCAUUCGAAUAAACAAAGAGUUUUGAACUUCAUAGAUCAACAUAAAUACUAUCGCAUAGAUAAUUGGUGGAUUCUGUUUGGGCAAGAUUGCAGAAAGUAGUAGGUUCAUCCGAUGAGACUAUGAAAUUUUUAGUUUCAUUUAUGAGACAAAGGAUUGAAUAAGAAGAAUUGCAAUUAAAAUAUUCCUAAACAGCUUCAUUAAACAAACUGUUUAAGGAUUUUGGUAUCAUUCUAAUAAUGUUUUAGAUGGAAGGAUUAUGCAAUGCAACUAUCCAGAAUUUUCUAAGGCAGUGAGAACGAUGGACUCUGCUAUGGAAAGAUAAACAGAUUAAAUUAAAAUAUUUAUUACAUGGAUGCAAAACCAAACAAGAGAAAGAUUGGAAUAAGAAAUGAACAAUUUUACAAAUCAAAAUAGAGGUAUCAAUAUACUUAAAUUAAAAGAAUUGGUCAAUUCUUACAAUAGGUACAAGAAAACUUUAAUAGAUUUGGAUAAAGAUGUUCUCAAAUACUAUACUAAGUAUGAUAAAAUGUACUCAAAUAUUACGAUUAAAGGAAAAAAGCCAUAAAAGGACUUUUUGAGAGCUGAAUUAAAGUAUAAAUAGGUAAUUUCAUGUUUAUGAUUAUGUGUAGGCUGCUUCUAAAUUGAUCGUAUUUUAAAGAGAGUUUGGAACUUGGCUAUUAAACAGUUGGAAUGAAUUGAAAUAAUUAGAGACUUAGAGAUUAGAUUUGGUCACUCACACCUUAGUAGAGUUUUAAAAUUAAGUGAUGAAUGUAUAUGGUAAAAUUCCAUAACAUGACUCCAUAAUUGGAGCAUUGAAUGCAGUUAAGAUUCAAUAGGAAGUACAGAAUUUGUAUUCAUCUGAUUUUGUAUUAACAAAGUAGGAAUUAGAAUAUAUUUCAACUGAGCAACAAUAGGAGUUAAUAAAAUAUUUUCAAAACUUUUAAGUAAAAUUAUAGAGAUAUAUGUGAAUAGGUGAUUGAUAAAUAUGCUGAUCAAUCUCAUCCUUUAAUUCUAAAGCAAUUUUCUGCUUAAAGAGAUGUUGGAACUAUUGGUAAGACUUGGAUCGAUACUGGAAUUAUCAUCACAGUCGACCAUUACUUUCUUACCUUUGAUGGUAAACCAACUAGGUUUUCCAAGGCUGAAAAUAAGUAUCCUCUUGAUGGAAUGAAAAUGACAACAAGGAAUGCUUUAGAGUUAGAGAUUUAAUUUGUAAUCCCCGGGUUGGUGAUGGAUUCAAAGAAGAAGUUACUAAUUCAAUUCAAGACAUCUGAUGAAUUGGAGGAAAUGAUGUAUUUUCUAGAAACAGUUGGACAGAAUAAAUUCGCAUUAAAUUGAAAUAUGUC